GAAGGAGUGGUUGAUAAAUUGCCGAUUAAGAAACCAAAACCAACUUCUGAUUUUGAGAAAAAUAACGAUGGAGAUGAGAUGAUGCCGCUUGGGAAAAUGCGUUAUGUGACGGUACGGUCAUUUAAAGGAAGGGUAUUUGUUGACAUACGAGAGUACUAUACAGACAAGAAUGACGGGAAAAUGAAGCCAGGUAAAAAAGGCAUUAGUUUGUCGAAGGAACAGUAUGAAGAGUUAAAAAAACUGGAUUCUGAAAUCGAGAGAAGGCUCACGGAAAUGUAA